ACAGUUUUGAUGAAUAGAGGAGACUCUUUUGCCUGGAUUUACAUUGUGAUAAAUAGCCUGUUAUAUGUACAUGUCCAAUUUACUACCAACAUCUGACCUAAACACGGUAAGUCCGAGGUAUAAUAUUCUUUAAUUAACUAAGAUGUUCUGUUUUAGUAAUGUAUUUAACUACAGCUUACAUUAUUUUAGCAAUUGAAUGCAUGGACUAUAUUCACUUUAUUACACGUAUGUUGACUGGUUUCCUUGUUAACUUUAAAAGUUUUGCUUCCGCCCCAUUGAUUUCAUUUAUUACAAUUGAUUGCUAUCAAUUUAUAAUUUGGUCGAAUUUUUAGGAUUGAGCGUUUAUGAAUCUAGGUUAAAAGCAAUUCUAGAUCAUUGCAAUGCUCUGCACUAUUAACGCUAAGAAUUAUAUAAAUUAGCAUACUAUUACGUAUGGCUUUAGGAGAAAAACUAUAUUAUAGGUUGUCAGAUAACUGUUCAUAGCAUAACAAUUACCAUAGACAUUCAUGCUUAUUAACUUUUUCAUGUGAAAGCAGCUGCAGUGUUUUAAUAGUAAGUUAUGCACAUCUGUUUAUUCGAUAUGUCACAUUUGCAGAUCGGUGUCAGUUAUGUGCCCUUGAUUUAUGGGUCAUUUAAUAGUGUUUCCAUGUUUUUCUUCUGUGUCUAAGUUACAAUAUGCAGGUCUUGGUGUCAUAGGCAACAUACCUUAGAAAUGUGCACAACUGUGAAACAGAGAGCAUGCGUUUUAUUUUGAUUUGUCAAUAUGAAUCAACAUAGGCUGAGCCCAGAUAUAGCUACUGCAUUCAGUUUUUGUUAGAUAUCAUAAAUCGUGACGAGAUCGAUUCGGAGAUUACCGAUAAAAAUGAAAUUUUCCUUUUCUAAAUGCAGCUCGGUCGGUAUAUGAUUAUACAUACAGCUGUACUUAUAUGUGUACAAUUCUGAUUGUUUAUUACGGAUUAGUUUACUGCUUCUUCUUUUUUUUUUUUUUGCAAAGAGGCAGCUACAGAUUUUACGUGUUGGGAUUACCCUAGGAACACCUCUCACGGAGUGCGUCUGCUCUGAUUGUUUCUACUACUUCGUAACCCCAAUUUCCUGUAUCUCGCAGAUUUCAUCCUAAUCAAUGCAAGACUUCACUGGUAGCGAGGCCUGCAGGUUCCUUAUGGUUUGGGGAACGUAAAUACACAAAAUGAGUCGUCGCGCUAGUUUGUUUGCUAAGCAGAAUCCCGAAAAAGCCAGACCAAAAGUAAGAUUCCCGGAUGAAUUAGUGUUUUUGGACAAUAUCAAAGAGAAUGAUAUCCCAGCUUUAAGUGGAAUGCUGCGGAGGGCAAGUCUUCAGGUGGAUAUCAGCGGGAUUAAUGAUGCAGGUUUAACCCCACUACACCAAGCCGCCCUAGACGGUAACUGCAUGGCCGUCCGACUUCUGAUAGAACAUGGUGCAGACAUCAACAAGCAGGAUGCCGACUCCUGGACUCCUCUCCAUGCAGCCUGUGCUGAGGGUCACGCUGAUAUCAUAAGGUUACUUCUACAGCAUGGUGCGGACAGGAAUAUUCUAACUGAGGAUAAGGAGCGUCCUAUAGAUUUAGUAGAACCUACAGACUUUGAAGCAGUGAGCGCUAUAUUGUCGCCUCUAGAAAACCAGAACCUCUCGUGUGAUGGGAAUAGCGACGAGGAAUCUGAUGAUGAAGAUAAGAGUCCCCAACGCUAGUCAUCAACACCAAACCAGCAUCCAUAAUUGUCAUGUUUUAUAUAAUUUCAUCCUUUUACUGUAGAAACACUAACUGUACGUUUCUGAGACAUAUUUCGUAAUGUUUUUGUAUAUAAAAACUCUGUAGUAAUAAAAUAAAAAUGAAACUUUGAA